CCAAGUCUACGUCGCGCGCGCUGAGAACAUUCGCGCGUGUAGUGAAGCCCCCUUCGUCCAACGGAUACCUUCUGAGGCGAAGGGUCCGUUCGCCCGUAAAGUUGGGAAAGAUGCACGCCUACGGCUGGUCCUUGGCAAUUUGGACAAUUGCUCCACUAUUGAUCCCUGCGCGGGCCGGAUCGUUCGUCUGCUUGCCUCGACCGGUAAAGUUCGACACAUGCACCAGCAUUCGUCUUCUGGGACCCUGCCAGACUGACCAGGACUGCGAAACGCGGGUCUGCUGCAAGGACUGGUGCGGAAACUACUGCGCUUUCAAGCAGCACAAGGCGGCUGUGGGUGAAAAUAACGCAAACAAAGACGUGGGCGGUCGAGAGGGCAGCGCUUUCGGCAGCAACGACGAUGGCAGAGGCCGAGAAGGCGGCCAGGAAGGAACGAACGGCGAGGGCGCUGAAGGUGGCAGAAGGGCAGUUAGGAAAGGCAGCGUACAAAGCAUGUCUCCCGACAAUCCGGUCGACAACGCUGCGGACUACAACGAAGUGGCGGACACUCCUCCUCCACCACCGCCCAGUGGAAGCCGACGAAAAGGACGCAGACGACGCAAGAGGGUAAACAGGAGGAAAAUGGAGUCUAAUCAGAUAGACAGCGUCGACACAGGAAGGAAAGUGAGGAGGAAGAACACAAGGAAUGAAAAUGAACACGACUACUUUGAAGUUUGAACAUUCCUUUUUGUUGAUGUAUGAAUGAGUCCUCUGACGUCCCAAUAAAUGUAAUUUGUUAAUCCGUUGAUAA